UCCUUGGCUGUCUGUCACUCUCCAGCUUAUCAAAUGGCAUCUGAUGCUGAAGUAGCCGUUUUUAUAGACACAAACUUAGGCACUCACUUAGCCAUGGCUGUCUCUCCAGAUAUUACUGUUGCAGAUUUCCAGGUUUACCAGUUGCAAAAAACAAUCAUUUUUAUCACUCUGCAGGCAUUGCUGAUUAUAUUCAUUUUACCAAAAUUUCUACAGGAAAAGUCCUCCCUUUCAUUGCAUUGUAUAGAAAAUUAUCAUUUUCCCAGAUUCUGCCUUGAAAUAUUAUUUCCAGGAUCUUGUUUUUCACAUUCAUAUACACUUUGGAGUUGGGAGAGUAAUGCUACACAGAUAUUGGUUAUUUGGGACCACAAGGCUAGUAAACAAUUGUACUACUUGCAAAUUUUAAUGAACAAAUUAAGACUAUUAUUGUCAAUCCAAAGAUUUGUUAUUAUGAUAGCUUCUUCAAAUUGUUCAACAAGUUCUUUUCUACAUGUUCCGGCCCUGCUAUAUUUGUUAAAGCCACUAAUAUCUGCCAAGAUCUUAUCUGUAGGAGAACUUGAGAGAAUACACUAUAGUUGUUUCCGUGAAUUGGGAGAGAUCAAAGUUAAUGCAUUAAUGGUGAAGCGAACAUCACACUUUUAUCAUCUAACUUCAUCUAUGCCUAUAAAGUAUGCUUUCUGCCAUCAAGAGCGAGGGUGGUUCCUCCAUAUCCAAGCAAGGACUUUAAAAGCUUCAGAUUGGUCAUGCUUGUCAAACUUUGCUGCUACUGAAGUUGAAGAUCUUAAAUGUGAUGGCAACCAGCGAACCAAUCCUCUUGUUCAAAAUAUUGGACAAGAGGCCAUGAUAAGCAGUGAUGCAACAGAGUGGAAUUCAUGUUUGAUUAACAAGAAUCCAUGUAAUAUCUCAUCGACAGCAAUAUCCGCUGCUGGUACUAUCAAUAGAUACCUUUUGAACCAUAGUGGAGUGAGCAAACUUACCAGUUCUCCAAGCACUGGUAAAGCUAGUCAGGGUCUGCCAGAACAACAGCUGAGAACCAAAGCAGACAAUUACUACUCAAGCAUACAAAUUGGUGCCUCACCACCAUUUAUGGUCAGAACGCCUUCAAAGCAAUCAUCGUUUCUGUCACCAGCAGGCCGAACUACUGGAAUUCCAAGGGAUAAGGUCAUUUGUAGUGAAGUUGGGAAGCGAAUUAUUGUAGCCUCAAAUAAAAUUAGAAUUUCUGAUAAACAAAGACUUAUAACUCCUCUUAGCAAAAUGAGAGAUAGGAAACUGUCAUGCUACAAGAAUUUAUCUCGGGCUAAAUUUUUAGUGUUUGAGAUCAGUGACAGUGAUGACUGAGGAAACCA